GAUAGAUAUAUUAACUACCAAAUCUGAAUAUGUGGAAACAAAUGCUGUUGCUUCCAUUUAGAAUUUUCAGAAAUGCAGUUUUAUGUAAUAUUUUGAAAAGGUAUAGAAAGACGCAAAAAUAAGAAACUCAGAAUAACCUAGCAUAAAAAUGCCAGUGUUCCAUUAGUACAUUGUGACACUUGUCUGAUAGAUCAAAUUCAGCACUGAUGCUGUCUGGGUUGUUUUUUGUAUGCUGUGCUCAUUCUAUUUCUUAUGGAAGAUACUUCUUGCUGUUGACUUCCUGAUCAAUGCCAUGACAGUAGUAGUGACCAUAUAGCUGCAAAAGCUAAUGGAAAGAUGUUGGUCUAUUUAAAAGAAAAAGGAAAAGCAUCCAUAUAAUUAUUAACAUUUACAUAUUAAGACUCAAAAUACUUUUAUUUAAUGGUUUCCUUUUGUUUCAUUAUUUACAGAGAAAGUUAAACAUGCAAAGGUUUAUGCAGUAAGCUUUCCCAUAAGAGCGAGUUCUUUUAUCAGGUGUUUGUUUGAAGAGUUUCAAAUUUUGUCUGUGAAGACAUUAAUAAAUAUAGACUAGUAAUAUGUCAGUUUUAUUCAGUGAGUCAUGUGCAUGUUAACUUGAAUUAACGUGAUAAAAGAAAAUAGCAGACUGGAAUACUGUCUACUAAAAGUGUGCAUAGGGUACUAUUCAUCUGUGUUUUGAGAAAGCUUUACUACAGUAACAUAAUAAACUUAAUUCUUCUAUAGUAGAAUCAAAUUGUGUGGCUACAAUUACAGAAAGGCCAGCAGCCAGACUGAUAAGCUGACUGUGGUUAAUGAGAAGGUUUAAUAAUAUUUUAGUAUUUCAUAUUGAAUUAGUGAUAAGUCAGGUUUAAAAUCUGCAUUUAGCGGAUAACUUUUUUUCACCCUCUAGAAUUGUAGUGUGGUAUUUAAGAUGCUUUUUCCUUCUGAAAAAACUUGGAGUACUGUUUCUAUUGUAAUUGCUCUUGAAGAUCAUGCAUUUGCAUUCAGAAUGCUGGAAAAUACAAGACAUAGAUGCUGUGGUGCAUUAUUACAUUAUUUUAAAGUAGUUUCCUAUUUUUAAACCACAUGUUCUAGACAUUAUAGCUUGAGUAAUUUGAGCUUGUGAUGUUUAUUACAAUCUGGUUUUUAGUGUGUAGUUUUUUAGCCCACUUAAAUUUUUUUUAAGCAUUUUUCUAAUCAAAGUAAAAUUGUGAAGAGUUUUCAGGUAACAUAACUAGAUAAAGUAGAGUUAAGGUAGCUGUUCCUCCUGGGCACAUGAAUCAAAGGAUUUGAGCAAAAGAGCACAUUUAUUUGCAGUUCAGUUACUGAACUCUACAACAUUGUUAACUCAUUAACUUUGCAAAAUCCCUUAUUUGGAAAAAAGAAUGGCAUUGAGCAGCAUUCCCGGGGUCAAGCUCAGGUCUUGGAAAUUGUGUUGAAGAUGUAGGUCCAGCAAGACUAUGAAUCUCUGUUCCAAAUGCUUUGCUGAAAAAAGAAAUCCACACAAUGAAAAAGAUUUCCAGAAGAAACAGCCAGACGAUGACUCUACUCCCAGCACAAGCAACAGCCAGUCAGAUUUGUUCUCUGGGGAAACGAACAGUGACAACAGCAAUACCUCUCUAACCAUGCAGGCCGCUAACUCCAACCAGCAACUUUUGACAGAACUGAAUGUAACUUCACCGAGCAAAGAGGAAUGUGGGCCAUGCACAGGUACAGCUCAUGCCUCGUUAACCACACCAACCAAAAGAUCUUGUGACUCAGAUUCACAGUCGGAGAGUGAGGCUUCUCCUGUGAAACGGCCACGGCUACUGGAUGACAGUAAUGACAGGCCUGAAGAAACCAGUCGAUCCAAACAGAAGAGUAGACGUCGAUGCUUCCAGUGCCAAACAAAACUGGAACUAGUACAGCAGGAACUGGGAUCAUGUCGUUGUGGUUACGUGUUCUGCAUGUUGCACCGCCUGCCUGAACAGCACGACUGCACAUUCGAUCACAUGGGCCGCGGGCGCGAGGAGGCCAUCAUGAAAAUGGUGAAACUGGAUCGGAAAGUAGGGCGAUCUUGCCAACGCAUUGGCGAAGGAUGUUCCUGAGUGCAAGACUGCAACCAAAUGCUGUUCUCUUAGUUCACUAAUGUUAGCCUUAUUUAGGACAAAGUUAGCCAGACACCUUGUACUAGGCAAGUUUCAGACUACAGCCAAUCAGUUUCCUUCCUUUAGCCAGCCAUCCUGAUACUGUAGUUUAGAGAUUGAUGGUGGUUGAAAUCUAUCUCUGGCUGGUUACUAAGGUGCCUGCUAGCCACUGUAUAAAAAUAAAACAUGAAGAAAUACUAUUUUUGAGUAUGGCUAGUGGAUUUAAACAAAGCAAGAAAAAUCCAAAGGCUUCUGUUAUUGCUGGAGUCACUCUAAAAGCCUUAUGCUGGAAACAUUCCAGCUGCAGAGUUAAAACAAAUAGUUGUAUAGAAGCUGGUGUAAAAGUUUGCUAUGCACAUGGCUUUUGGACAAACUGUUUAAUGUGCAGCCUUUCACCUCUUCACUGCUACUGAAUCCUGAGGAGGUGAAAUACUACUCAGAGCAGCAACUGCAGCUGCUUAGGCCCAGAAGACCUGACUGGUCACUUGUGCCUUCAUCGCAUGUGGCUUUUGAGUUAGGCAGUGUCACCAGCAUCAGGGAUUCUGUUGGGGUAGGAACACCUUUCCAGUUCUUCCCAGGAAGCCAAAAAGAAAGGGGGACAGAGAUUCUUAUGAAAAAUUUUUAUAUGUAUCUUACUAUAAAGAACCUAUCAGGGUUUGGGUUUUUUUUCCUUCUUUUUUUUGCUUUCUUCUCUGUUAAAUUGUGAUCUCUCUUUAAAGCCAACUCCAUCCUGGAGCAGUAAACGGUGCAUAACUUUUUACAUGGCAUCCACAGAGAUUCUGUGCGGUAUGUGAACAGAUUCCACAUACCUUGAGCAGUGCAGCCAUUCCCACUGGCUGAAACCUGAUUGGCUCUUGUUUGCCUUUUGCUAAGUGCAGGUAUCUGAUAAUUGAUCAAAUAAGGCUAAUUCACAGCACAGUAGCCAUGGCUGGAUUCUACAGACUGACUUUCUGUAGCUAGACUUACAUAUUGGGGGAAAAAGGACAUUUUGUAGCAAAUGGAAUUCAGUAACAGUAUUGGGGAACAACCUGUAAAACACCCUUUGUCAGAAUGAGCUUGUGUUCCUCAAAUUCUGAGUGUCAAUGAGAUAAUCAAAGGGGCUCCACCAGCCCUCCUUCUAUGCAGCUGAACGUGCCCAGGAAAAUCCCUGCCCACAAAGUGAGUAUAUCAAUUGGAUGUGAAAUGCAUGACCUGGAUCUGGUUAGAGCCUUGGUUCUGUGUCACGGUGUGUCACGCUGAGCUGAGCCGAAACGCACCAGCUUUGCCACUUUGGAAACAUAAAAUCAAACAUCAUAACUUGGCUGUCUCCUGCUGCAUACAGGGCUUAUGCAGGCAAAAAUUAUUAGUGCCGAUGUUGUCCAGUUUAAUCCUGAACGAGUUUAACUUCUCAGUCAAUUCAUAAGUUAUUAACAAGUGGGUACAUUUGUAAGAAAACCUGAGGGAGGGAUCGGUUUUGUCUCAUCUUCAAAUACUGGGCAGAUGUGAAACAUUGUGGGUGAAGUAACCUGUCACUUGGAAAACCCCAGCUUGUAUGAGUCAUCCUUCAUUCUACUUGUUACAGGUAAUUAACUCCUUAUAGGCCAAAUUAUACUGUUACUUUGGUAGCCAGUUAGGAACAUUUAACGAUUAGACAACUAAUUUUAAAAAGAAUACAUAUAUAUAUACACAUAUAUAUAUAUGUCUCUCCGACACACUCAGCAUCUGACUGUAUUAGCAUUAACCAUGAAGCAAAUCAGAAAUGUCCCGUCAUUAUAAAUGCAAGCUGCCUGGAAGACAAGCUGUUUUGUUUUUGGUUUUUUUCUUGUUCUUAUUCAAGAAUAUUAACUAGCAGCAAAAGCUUCUGUAAUGGACUGCAUUUCAGGAAGUGGUCCUGGUGAGAGGGACAGUCCAAUUAUAUUAUUUACAUUUGCCAUGAGGAGUUUAAAAAUACAUUAAUUUUGGCAGCUGCUGUGAUACGCACUUUCUUUUCCUACAAAAUCUUAUCCUAGCAUUUGAUGGGCAUUCUGAUUGAUACACAAGACUUUUCUUGCAUUAAUACUGAAGAUGCUAUUUUCUUCCUCCUUAAUAUUCUCUUUAAUCUCGUUACAAGUGCACAGAUGGUUUCAAGGUGGCUCUUGAGAGGACACUACUUAAAGUUCAUGUGUAUUAUGGACAAUGUUCACUUUAAACAAAAAGUUGGGGAGGGGGUUGUUCCUUUGCAGUAUCUGUUCUGUGAAGUUUGUUAAACAUAAAGAAAGCUUAAGUUCUUGUAUCUUAAAAGAAGAUCUUAUUUAACCCUUUUGUGUUCUAGAUUUACUUACACAUGUAGCCUAGAGCUCAGUUUUAGUUUAACAUUGUGAAAAUAUUAAAAGAAUCUUGUAACUUUAUUCUUUUUCCUCAUGCUAAAAAAAUUAAACCAAUCAGAUUAAAGUUUGAAAUCCUUUCUUCCUAUUCCAACAGGUCUUGCUAUUUUGCACCAUUUCUACUGUAAAUUCAUGUAAGAAAUAUGAACGGGGAAAAGACCAAGGUUAGGUCAGGAACUUCAAGCUGAAUUUACAAUUGGUGAAGAGUGGACAGGACCUUAUGCAGGUUUGGAAGGGUAGUAUUUCUGCUGGGUUUGAAUUGAAGGAUUUGUUUUGUAAGCAAAUCUACUGUAGCCAGUUUGGUCCAUUUAACUUUGAGGUUAGAUAGAGUAAUCAAAGGAAUUAGUUGUGCAUACUCUUCAAGUCAAAUGCAUAGUGUACACUGUAUCACUAAAAUGUCUUAAAUGUUCUUUCACGCACUUUGACAGCUUCACCUAGAAUAGCUGUAUUCCAGAUCAGAAUGAGCUAUAUUCAUAAUGGAUAAACAGAGAAAUAAUAACUAUUGUUUCUUAAACAUUUAGAUGCUAAAAACAUAAGGCUAAUUAAAACCCCCACAAUUUCCUUAUUAGAGGGAGAGAGAAUGUAUAACUCAUUUUUUGUAUAAUCAUUUUUUUAAAAAAUUGAAAAUCGUUUGGAAUUGAAAUUGUGCCUGAUUCACAGGUCACACCCAUUUUUUUUUUCCUCAAAUUCUUACGGUACUUUAAAUUAUAAAACUGCAUGAUUCUUGAACAAGAUGGCUGUGUUCUAGUAAAGGUAAGUUACAUAAAACAGCUCUGCCUUUUCAUCCAGUUUCAAACCUAUGUCUAGGUGUGAGCCAGGGCUUCUAGGAAAAAUGAGACUUGCCUGGGAAUGUUGCUGUGUACCUUUCUGUUUUGAAGCAGCUCUGGGUCUUGACUGAGUGGCAGCACAUCUGUAACAUGAAGUACCUGCAAACAUGAAGUGCUCUUCAGUAGUGCACAGGAAACACCCUGAAAAGAGUCCUGGUACAAUUCCAGCAAUCCAGAAGUCUGGAUUAGCUGCUUUUAUCAACUCAGUGGCAGGUGAUAAAUACAUUCAAAACUUAAAUUUUGCCUAACUUUUCUUUUGGACAAAUUGCAAUCCCCUGGCCUAGUGAAUACAAUGUCCUCUUUAUAUCUGGCUUUGUACUCACUGUGGUGUUCAGUUUCUUCUGUGAUUACACUACAUCUUAGAUAUAAAUCUCUAGGGGAUAAGAGCAUUUUUUUUUUAUCUUACAAUGAUUAUUUCAGUACAAAGACUCACCAGGAAGGAAAACUGAUAUUAACUGUGUCAUAAAAAUACAGGUUUUGUAAUAGACUCCAAGAAGUAUACCAGUGUAAUAUCUGACAGUACCUGUCCUCACAGUUGAAGUGUAGACAGUUAAGUUCUCUGAUGCAUUGUAGUAACAUUCUCUUUGUUGUAUUGUAGUUACUGCUAUUGUCCAUCACCAGAAGAACAGCCAAGAGACGGUCUAAGCAAAGUAAUCUAAUGUAACAAUGAGCUUGUAGCCACUGCAUGCUGGAAAUAAAUUCAUGUUCUCCUGGAAACUUUUAUUCCUAGAAAACCAAUGGAAACAUUUAAGACUGCACUUUUUAAAAUUAACUAUAUUUAUUGGUACCACAUGUUUAUCUUGUUACUCAAAUACGUUAGAAUUCUGCAUAAGGAACAAAAAUAAUAUAUCUGGUUCAACACAAAGGCUGUGGUGGCAGGAGCUGCUGUGUAAGGAUGUCGUUUUUGUAUGACCAAUUCAUAAGAUUAUAGUUAGUUAAGGCUGUGUCUGAACAUACUUUACUACAAAAUGGUCACAGUGAAAGAAGAGUGCAUAAGAUUAAACUGCUCAAAAAUAUUUGCAGUGCACAUUUUACAUGGUGAACUGGCUUUAUUUUCACUAUCAGGAGCUGUUUUGCAAGAACAAAUGUCACUGCUGCUGGAAAGAGCCACUUUUAAUGUUCCUGAUACACAUCAGUGAGAAGGACUCUUCUUCAUCUUCAUUAAUUUUUCCUUUUUGUUGAAGCAGUUAGGAUGUGCAGCUGGGCAUUUGAAAGUAGUUCUGCUUGAAUGUUCCUCUUUUAGGCUUUUCAGUAUUCCCCACUGAAAAAAAAGCAUCAGUUUCAUUGUUCUUGCAAGUCCCUGAACCUUAGUUCAAGCAGAUUAAAAUACAGGUGUUGGUCUACAGAAGUGAUGACUUCCUUGUAUUUUACUGCAGUGGCAGCCUCUUUCUUCAGUUAACUGAAACAUAAUGCAAACACAAUUCACCUGUUGAGGACUUUGGGCUCUGGGGUUUUUGAACUUCAGUUCUAUGAUUCUGUUCACAAACAUCUUCCCAUAAACUCUGCAUGCUUCAUCUUCCACUCUGAAGCUGAGUAAAGACAAAAGAAGACAUGAAAACAGGAGGCAGAGGAUGGCAAAAUGACAAAUGCUUAGUGAUCACAUCCACCUUUCUCUUCAAGUCAGAUUGGAUCAUAAAAUAGCAAAGAAGCAGGUAAUUACUUGCCAAACAGCACUACCUUUUUUCGUUUGGUACUACAGAAAACCAUUUUGCAUUAUCUUUGUGAAUAUACCUGUGCAGAGUUUGUCUGAGUCAAUUCUGCAACAGAUGUUAUAUGCAAAGAAAUGAAACAGCACCGUCAUAAUAGGAAAAUAUUUUUGAUGGAUUAUUUAGUAAUAGCUACAUAUUUUGCUACUGGACCUUCCUAUUUUGCAAUAUGCUGCUAUUUUCUUUGGAAGAAAAACAAGCAGAACUUAUAAGACUAACUGUAAAUUAUUUCAAAUUCAAUAGGUGCAUCUGAAGCAUUAGGAAGAGAUUACUGAAAUUAUAUAUAGAUUUUAAAGAUUAUGAUGAUGACUGCAUCCUCUAACAAAAGGGUUUUGUUCUUCAGAUAGUAUCAAGUGUUGAUGGCAAUGGUCUAACCAUAAGCAGGUUUUUUCUGCUAGGUUUGUGCAAAGCCAAUAACAUGCAGUAGGAUGCUCUGAGUUAAUAACUUGUAGCAUGGUGCAGUAACUGUGUAAGUAAUGAGAAUAAAAUUAUAGAGACCUA